GGCGCCCAACACCCGAGAGAGAAGUCCAGCUGCAGGGACGGGUCUCUAAGCGGUUACAGAGAGCCUGAGGGCGGCCGCCUCCCUCCCGCCCUUCGCCUCGGCGGACCAGCAGGUGCGGCUGGAGGAGGCGCGGCCACCCCUCAGGUGUGGCGCCGCCUCCGCCUCAGGUGCGGGCGGCCCCGGGCGGCGCCGCUCCCCCGCCAUGGCGGCCCCCGGCGGGCUGGGCCGCUGCGUGGCCGCCUUCUGGCUGGCGCUGGCCUUCGACGCGCUGGGCUUGGCGGUGCUGCUGGCCGGGGUGUUCGCCGACGUGUUCUUCGCCGACCUGCUCAUCUACGCGGGCGGCAUCGGCAUCUUCCUCAGCCUCAUCUGGUGGGUGUUCUGGUACGCGGGCAACCUGGAGGUGCCUCUGGAGGAGCUGCGCGACGACGUGGGGCUGGCGCCGCCCAAGGGCCGCGGGGACAGCGUGCUGCGGGGGCUGGUGCACGGCCUCAGCCGCCGCCUGUCCUCGGCCUUCGGCUCCGCGCCGAGGACCCGAGCCGCCGCCACCGCCGACCUGGAGCUGAGGGGCCCGCGGGGCCGCCCCGCCGAGCCCAGCAGGGUCUGCUGAAGCCAUGACUGUUGAAGUUACUGCCUUUAAAAGUGGGGAAAGUGCUACAAAUUAUGGAAAGAGAAUUCCCUACUCAAUGCAAUAGGAUUCUCUCAUUCUGGAAUAAUUUCUGCAACCACUGUGGACUCUGUAUAAAGUGGAGCUAUAUCCCUGCCAAAUGCACCUCUCUCAGUGUUGGACUGGAUCACUUCUUCUUAACCAUUUCAGAAUUUAAAAUCUAUCUUCUAAGAAGUGAGAACUAAAAAGGAAACAAAACAAAUUCACAGGAAAAUAACUGCAGCAUGUAAUGUAGAAGUAUCUUUUGUAAUAACCUGGGAAUGUUUGGAUAAAAAGCUCUUGCACAAUGAAAAACUCUUGCACUGUUUUACGAAGGUUUAGAAGUUGAACUUACUGUGAAUUUUUAUGAUGCCAGUGCAAUACUUCUAUUUGUAAGGGUGCUUUUAAAUGUAAAUGUAAAACUGUUGAUGCAAGGGUACAAAUGUAGUAGUUGUUUAUAGUGUACAUAGAUAAUUUACAGUGUCUCUUGUGAACUUUCAUCAUUAUUUUGGAAUAAUUUAGAAUUUGAAAUUUUAUAGGUAAAAAAUAAUAAUAGUGAUGUUGGUACGCCAAUCUUUUCUUUAUAGUUGUGUAUCAUGUAAUAUGAUGACUUUUAGAAGAGCUUUUUUAAUCCAGUGAUGAUGCAAGAAUUAUUUUUCUAAUGCUGAAGCACUAAAAAAACCCUACAAUGUCAAAAAAAAAAAAAAAAAGACCAAUAAGCACAAUGAUAUUUUACAGAAUCUUGCCAAAUUUAUGUCUAGGUGUGAUUGAAAUUAGGGUUGGGUUGUGUGUGGGAAAAUUUAUAUUAAAGUUAAUGAUAUGUAAAA